AUGUCUCUCAACACCACCAGUCAAAGAGCCUUUUCCAUGCUUCGCCGCAUGCGUCCAAGUGGUGGCGGUGCUGCGGCUGCUGUCACUACGACUCAUUCCAAUAAUGGGUAUACUCGUAAUAAUAACGUUACUCCUUUUCCUACAAAGAAUGACGACACUCGCCGCUUUCUUCAAACGACGAAUCAUGAUUCUGUCAAACCAACAAUGGAGAUUGCCAAGCUGAUGCCCGUUGGUCUGCCAGAGAUGAACAAUGAAACCUUGGUCACCAUUGCCGCUCUGGGACAUCAUCAGGCACGUUGCGAGGCUCUGGUUCGACACAUUAUGAGCAUCGAUGGAGUGGAUUACGACGCGGCCACGACCAAGUUUCAGGAAAUUGAACAAUCCAAUAGAGCUGGAAUGGCUGUCUAUCCUUAUUUCAUUGGCAUUAGUGGAGGAAUGCUUGCUGCCUUUGGAUCUUUGCCAUUGGUCUUCAACCUGAAUACGGCAGUUUGGUUCAAUGAAUUCUAUGUGACUACUGACAUUCCAGAACCAAAGGACCUUGAAACCAUGCUGGAAGUGGGAUCGUGGACAUGGAACUGGAUGGAACCUCCUCUUGGUGCUCUGAGCUUUUCUCUCUUGUGUUUGCAGUAUGCUAGAGCCCAAAUGGAAAACUUGGGACUGCACCCUUACACUACCCAAGUGGUCAACAGUCGCGCCGACAAGCUGGCCGCCGCCUUUCCUCAAUACGACCCAUUUCUGCUUCGUCAAUUUAGCAAGUCGGCUCCUCUUUUCAAACGCACGUGGAGUUGA